AUGGCGCCCCAUUUCAUUGGUCGACAACAAAAAGUUGAAGAUAUCUCGCGUGUGUUGACGUCCACAUCUGCUUACGUAGUCUCUGUAUCUGGACCCCCUGGUUUUGGCAAAACCUCAUUGGCUAUUGCAGUAGGACACCAACUUAGACAGCUUGGAGUACCAGUUUAUUUCCUUUCCUUGAGAAGCGUCAAGACUACGGAAGAGCUGAUCUCUGACCUGUUAAACACAUUUGCAUAUACGUCGUCUGAUCUAACGGGGCAAGAGCGUUCAAAACUGUGCGAACUCCUCAGUGCAAUUCCUUCCAAUAUUUGCAUCAUCCUCGAUAACGCCGAUGACCUUUUUCAGAGUAGUGGUGAAACGAGUCAAGAUGUUUUAGAGCUACUGGAAAAGAUCUUUUCUCAUUGCAAAAAUGUGUCCUUUCUAUUGACAACAAGGACGAGUCUUCAAUCGGUGCUGGGAAGAAAAUUUGGCGAUCACAUGUCUGUCAGUGUUGCAUCGCUAGACAGAAAAUUGUCACAAAUGCUUGUUCAAGAACUUUUCCCCGCUGCUGAUGAAAGUGAAUGCUGCAGAGUGGCUGAGGUUUGUGGAGACGUUCCGCUGGCAAUCAAGCUUUUGUGCGGUCAAAUCGUUGACGAGAGGAAGAGUGCAUCUCAAUUCCUUGACCACUUCAGCUGCUCUUCAACACCAGUAGCAGAGUUGUUAGAUGAUCCAUAUGCGCCUAAUGAUCAACGUUUAAAGGUCUUGUUCGAGUCUUAUUUCAAAAGACUAUCUCGAGAAGAGCAAGAAGCAUUUGCUUGUCUUUCAGUUUUUGUCAGUGAAGUGUUCGACGAGAAAGCUGCAGUAAAGAUCAUUGGAGGAGAUGAAGACACCGCAAAAAAAACUUUGUUGGGGCUCAGGAGAAAAUAUUUGAUUGAAGGAAAUUCCUCCGAACCAGUGCUGUUUUCCUUUCACCCCGUGAUCAGGUCAUUUGGUUCAGAAAAAGCAGCUGUUGAUAUGAAAGAAAUUGCUUGCGAUGCAGAAAUGCGAUUCCUGAGUUAUUACGUAAAGUUGUGUGAAGAUUUAAACAACCAGUUUCUUGCUGGAAAUUCUAUGCUCGCGUUUCACGAUUUCGAAUUCAACAGAGAAAAUAUGGUGUAUAGUCUCUCGGAAGGUCUUCAAAAUGAAGCUGUCUGUGACGCAAUUUUCGAUGUUCUUUCCGAUGCGGAUCUGUUUUUGGACACCGUGUUCUUCUGUAAGUUUUGCUGGAUGUUUGACAGAAUUUACAAUUUAGCAAUAGCCAAGGCAAAACAGCAGCGGAAAUUUAAAGCUGUUCACCAAUUGCUAAUUUCUAAAGCUGUCACUGAAAUAACCUGGGUUGACGGAACGACAUUGACAUUACUAAACGAGGCCGACGAAAUAGAGAAGCAAAAUCCUUUCCUUACUUCAGAAGUUGCAAUGGGAAAACGAAUGUGUUACCAUGGGAUUCACUUGCUAAGAUGUAAAGCGGCAGCGAAAGGAGGCGAAAUUCUUGAAACAGGAAUUUCUCUGUUGGGUCCUGAAAAUACUGUACUUAAG